AUGGGGGAGUCUCGGAUCAUCGUGGAGGAGCUGCUGGCUCUUUGUCUUCAGAGGAUCAACAUGGAGGACAACACUCUGAACACUGAACUGGAGUUGGUUGAAGUGGUGAGAAACUUUGAGGCGAUGAGGAAGAGAUGGAUGCACGCUGAGCUGGAGCUGAAGAAGUACAAAGAGCUGCUGGUGAAGUCUGAUGUGGCCAAAGCUGCUCUGGAGGUCAAACUGAAACACGCUCGAAACCAGCUGGACGUGGAGAUGAAGAAACGUUACAAGGUGGAGGCUGACUACCAGUACCUUCAGAGGCAGAUGCAGCUCAUGUGUGACAUCCUGGUCCAUGACAGUAAAUCCAGCGCCUGUCUGAACGAUGAGCAGAAAUCUCUCUUAGCUACAUUUGAACACAAAGCAGGAAACGUGACUCUGCACAGGAGCAGCAAAAGGUUGUCUGUGAUCGACGAGUCGUCUUUCCUGUCUCACUCUGAUAUCAGCUACGACCGGACUGAUGAUGACAUGGAUCUGGACACAACAGUGAUUAAACCUCUGAGAUCUCGAAACAGAGAGAAGAGGCGUUCGUCGAUGGGGCCGGCAGUCAGUGUUCCAGUUGUGAAGCGAGGCAGAGGCAGUAACAUGUCUGCUGAGCUGCUGGAGAGAAAAAUUGUGGAGAAGGUGAAUACAUCCAUGAAACUAGUUAGGAACAUAGAGCUGUGUUCCUCACUGAGGGGCCAUUGUAAUCUGUGUUUGAGACUGUGUGUGACUCAGGAAGUUGAGACGAUAGUGAAGGCGUCAGUGACGACUCCUGAGACUGGAGGUCAGAUCCACAUGGUGAUGGGAAUCACACAGGACACCUCAGAAAACCUGGUCCGGACCCUCACUCAGGAGUGUGCUGUUUCAGUGGGAGGUGACCAAACCUCUGUGUGGCUUCCCUGUGAAGAGAAGGUGGAGCCUAAACCUGAAGCUCAGGUGGAGCAGAAAACUUCAGUCAGAGCAGCUCCUCCCUGCAGAUCUGACAAAACUCAGAAACAUGUGUUUCUGUCUAAGACGGUGAUCCGGCCCGAGAUGUGUUUGCCGUGCGGGAAGAGGAUCCGCUUCGGGAAGAUGGCAGUGAAGUGCAGAAACUGUCGUGUGGUCGCUCAUCCAGAAUGCAAACAGAAAUUCACAGACGGCUGCUCGGCGUCCACGACAGGAAGUACAGCUCACACGGUACCUCAGUUAUACUCUGACUCGUUGGAGGGUUUCACUCCAGUGACUCAUCCCAGGGUUCCUCAGCUGAUUACACAGUGUGUGUCUGAGAUCGAGAGGAGGGGGCUGGAGGAGAGAGGACUGUACAGAGUCCCUGGAGGAGAACGUCUGGUAAAGGAGCUCAGAGAUCGGUUCAUUCAAGGGAAAACUCCGCUCAUGCUCAGUCGAGUCCAGGAUGUCCACGUGCUGUGUGGUCUCCUCAAAGACUUCCUGAGGAGACUGAAGGAGCCGCUGAUCACCUUCAAACUGCACCGGACCUUCAUGGAGGCCUCGGAGCUUACUGAUGAAGACAACAGCUCAGCCAUCAUUUAUCAGGCCAUAGCAGAGCUGCCAAAGGCCAACAGAGACACACUGGCUUUCCUCAUGCUUCACUUGCACAAAGUGAUGAAGAGCCCCCAGUGUCAGAUGGAUCAGAAUAAUUUGGCGCGAGUGUUUGGACCAACUAUAGUAGGUCAUGGGAUGUCUGAGCCGUCUCCAACCACCAUCAUGAGAGACACAAACACUCAGCCAAAGGUCAUUUGUCGGCUGUUGUCCCUCUCUGAAGACUACUGGAGACGUGUCCUCGCUGUCCAGACAGACCAGGUCUCAUCCUUGUCCUCCACCAUUAAGACCUACACCCAGGAAGGACAGGGUCGUUUGUUUCAGCCAUUAACUUCUCCAGAGCUGAACAGUUACUACAAAACUCCCAGCAGAGGAUCUCUGAGAGGCAGGAUCAGGAACCUGGGCAACGCUUUCACCAACACAGGACAAGUUGAACCAGGACGGAGGUUCUUCACAUCCCCCAACUGAGUAAAACACUGACUUUACACUGGGCUCACUCAGCUGAUUCUUUC